UCUCUAGCUGACUGAUAGACCUUCCUAAAGCUAAAGACGUCAUACAAACCCACCUGUGACGAGGAAGCAGACUUCAGGCUGCUGUCCCGGAUUCGUUUGUCUCUCUUGAUAUGCGCAGCUGAUUAUAAGACAAGUAUCAGAUAUGGACUGAAGAACGCCUUGCAUGUUAACAUAAAGGUGAUGGGUUUUAAAUACUACUGAGUCGAAAUCAGGCUUCCUCUGCCGUGAAAUGGUAUUAUGCUCGCGUGAGUCUGUAAUGUAUGGCAUAGUGGUUUGUCUCUAAAUAUCCUCCAUGCUUGGCCCAUCAACGACAGCACAAUACUCCACCAGCCACAGGUCCAUACUAAAAUGCAACGUAAGGUAGCAAUGCGAUGCAUUCAACACAACGGUUCGUUUUUAGUCCGGUUUUUCAUGCAUUACUCAUUAUAUAACACCCCCCAAAAACAGGCUCUUGAAAGACACAACACCUUAUUUGUCUCUGACUGUACCGGUCACUCAGUUCUGCUUUCCACUAGUGUACUUAGCACGAGUUCAAAAGUCCCGUAGUGACAGUAGCGGCUGCACAUGGUAGCGCGUGCGGCAGCGCUCAUUUGCGUGUUGUGCACGGCUACGCACGUCCUUGCUGUGAGAUCCGAUUUGUCUGCGGCGCUCGAGAGGAAGUGCAGUGCCACGUCCCGUGCAGCUGCACUUGUGGGUCCUCUACGGCGUCAUUCUAGGGUGAGUCCUGCUUACAUGGAUAAACUGAGGGAGAGUGAUGAGGGAGUAGGGCAGAGCAGGAAAAAGGGAACCUAGGGAGGGUGCAGGGGCUGUUGUUGAAGGUCAGAGUUUGUGGGUUUUUUAUGCGAUGGUGGUUGGGUUGCUUUCUGGCUCUAACAGAGAGGAAACUCAGAGAAGGAAACAUGACUGACUGUCCUACAUUCUCAGAAAGAUUGCACGGUGCCCCCUGUAACCUGUUUUCUUAAUUUCUCUUUUUAAAUAUGAUCUCAGUCUACAACGUGCUUGAGUGGCAUCAUCUAAAAUAGUUUGAUGCCUAAAAUAAAUAUGAAGCAUACAAGAUCAAAGGGCAUGGAAAAAACCGUUUUUUUUUUCAGUAGUUGAAUAACGACAUUUUAUGCUCAUUUAACUCUCAAGCCUAUCGUAUGUUAGCACUUUUUUAUCUUUACGUUACUGAAAACCAAAGAGCUACUGAUUGCCUUGAUCAGGUGUGCAUGGUCAUUCACAUCAGCUCUGAGGUGAGACAAAGGAUAUUAGGAAGACAAUAUGCCUGGUCCUCCUCCACCACCACCUCCUCCUCCAACAUUCUCUUUGGCAAACACAGAGAAACCGUCCCUGAGUAAGAAUGAGCAACACGGAAGGAAUGCAUUACUGUCCGAUAUCAACAAAGGCACACGCCUUAAGAAAGCUGUCACCAAUGACCGCAGCGCCCCAGUACUUGAUAAACCCAAGGGAGGUGGAGCUACUGGUGGAGGUGGAGGUGGGGGUGGCACAGCUCCAGGUGGUCUAGGUGGACUGUUCCAGGGUGGGAUGCCAAAACUAAGGUCCCCAGGAAACAGAGACAGUCCUGCUAGGCCCCCUAUGCCACCCACUGGUGGGAGGUUCCCAGCCCAGAGUGCUGGCACUCCUCCUCGCCAUCCAGACACCCCUCCUGCACGAGGUACCCUUGGAAGGGGUAGUGUGCCACCGGUGUCCCCCACCAUGCGCAGUUCGCCAAGCAGUGGCCCUCCGCCUUUACCGGGAGGUAGACACCUAAGCUCCUCACCUUCUGCACAGACCACCCCACCAAGCCGACGCCCCAGCCUUCCUCCGAGUGGCCCAUCUCGCCGCCAAACGUCUUUACCGUCACCACCCGUUCCAUCCAGUUCCCGCUCACCCAUGCUGCACAGAAGUCCAUCUGCGUCGUCAGAUGAUUUCCCCCCUCCACCACCACCCAGUGGAGGAAGUAGGGGAUCGUUUCCUCCGCCUCCUGUUCCCUCCAGUGGUCGUCCACCGCUUCCCACAAUUCCCUCGGCAUCAGAUGAUUUCCCCCCUCCACCACCACCCAGUGGAGGAAGUAGGGGAUCGUUUCCUCCGCCUCCUGUUCCCUCCAGUGGUCGUCCACCGCUUCCCACAAUUCCCUCGGCAUCAGAUGAUUUCCCCCCUCCACCACCACCCAGUGGAGGAAGUAGGGGAUCGUUUCCUCCGCCUCCUGUUCCCUCCAGUGGUCGUCCACCGCUUCCCACAAUUCCCUCGGCAUCAGAUGAUUUCCCCCCUCCACCACCACCCAGUGGAGGAAGUAGGGGAUCGUUUUCUCGUGAAGGACCUCCACCACCACCACCUCCAUUUGGAAAUAAACCACCGACCCCCCCAGUGGCAAGACCUUUAAGUAACCCUCCACCAGCACUGCCUUCAGGAAGAGCAGACCUGCCUCCACUGCCCCCCACACCACGGGAGGAGUUGACCAACAGAACACCACCUAACCCACGCUCAGGGAGCUCUGGACCCCCACCACCCCCACCCACUUCAAGACCACCACAAUCAGGAACAGGAAGACAAAUGCGAUCUGGUUCUCUUCCACCUCCUCCUCCUCCUGCUUCUCGUCAAGGAGGUGGUGGAGGAGCUGGCCGACCUCCUCCACCCCCAGACAGGUCUGGGCCCGGGGGCUUCCCUCCCCAACCUUGUCCUACAAUGGACAAUGGCUACCAGAGCUACCCUCAGCGCAGCUUCGAUGAGUGGGAGAUGAAGUUUUCUUUCCAUCCCAUAUCAGACUUGCCUCCUCCGGAGCCUUACAUUGCUUUCCCUAAGAUGUACCCCAGCAAGUCCGGUAAGGACGAAGGGAAAGGUUCCCUGCAGAAGGAAAGAGGUGCUCCACCACUGCCUCCCAUACCCAGAUGAAUGCAAAUGUGGUCGUACCACUGCAAUAAUACUGGGACAGUUUUGAUUUGUUAAGCACAGCAUCAAAACAUUUUUGCUAACUAUACAAUCAUUUUUUAAAUGUUUGCUGAUUUGUUUCCAUUCAAUUUCUCUAACUC